GAGACAUCAACACGUCAGGACAUCCCCGAGUGUGAUACUUUCAUCAAUGGAGACAUGAAGUGUCUGAAGCUCCUGUUCCUGUGUUGGAUCUCCAGCAUCCUGACAGUGACCAGCUGCAUCAGAGUUGAUGGACACUCAUGUGUGACUGCCUAUUGGGACACAGUUACUUGUGUCGUCAACAUCACUGGUAUUCCUGUGGGACAGACAAACACCAGCUACAACCUGACAUUCACUGACACUUCGGGUUCUAGGCCGACUGACCACUGUCCACUUGUGGAGAGAAAUCACACUUACAGUUGUGUCUGUAAAGUAACGGAAGGCUCAGGCGGUGAUUAUUAUUAUGACAUAGAUCUUUGUCAUGAAUCUGGCUGUCAUCCUGUAACAAAGGUCUUUAAACCAUCAGAUAACAUUCAGCUGACACCACCGCAUAAACCUGAGGUCCAAGAAACACCAGAGAAUUUCAACAUCACUUGGAUAAGUGGGUACGAAGAUCACAUGUACCUCAAAACUUUCCUUGACUUUGAACUCUUACUUCAAAGCACUGAGAGCAAGACCCUUAAAGCUACUUCACAAAAUAUGUAUGUACCGAUUCCAAGGUCUACACUUAAACCAUAUGCUACAUAUUGCAUUAAAGUGAGAUCUAAAACUAAUCAUGCUGAAUAUGAUGGAAUUUGGAGUAAAUGGAGUCCAUCGACAUGCUGGAAAAUUGAAGCAGAAGAAGUUGAUGGAUACUCAUGUGUGAGCACCUAUUGGGACACAGUUACUUGUGUCGUCAACAUCACUGGUAUUCCUGUGGGACAGACAAACACCAGCUACAACCUGACAUUCACUAACACUUGGGGUUCUAGGCCGACUUACCACUGUCCACUUGUGAGGAGAAAUCACACUUACAGUUGUGUCUGUAAAGUAAUAGAAGACUCAUAUAUAGGCGCUGAUAAUUAUUAUGACAUAGAUCUUUGUCAUGAAUCUGGCCGUCAUCCUGUAACAAAGGUCUUUAAACCAUCAAAGCACAUUCAGCUGACACCACCGCAUAAACCUGAGGUCGAAGAAACACCAGAGAAUUUCAACAUCACUUGGAUAAGUGGGUACGAAGAUCACAUGUACCUCAAAACUUUCCUUGACUUUGAACUCUUACUUCAAAGCACUGAGAGCAAGACCCUUAAAGCUGCUUCACAAAAUAUGUAUGUAACGAUUCGGUCUACAUGUAUUAAACCAGAUGUUACAUAUUGCAUUAAAGUGAGAUCUAAAACUAAUCAUGAUGACUAUGAUGGAUUUUGGAGUAAAUGGAGUCCAUCGACAUGCUGGAAAAUUGAAGCAGAAGAAGAACAAGAUAACACAUUAGUCAUUUUGAUCAAAUCUCUGGUCCUGCUGUUUGUGGUUGUUGGAGUCAUGCUGUUUUUACUCUACAGUCCCACUGCAAGAAUGAAGAUAAAAACAUUGUCGCACACACCAUCGCCAGCGCCUUUCUUUCAACCUUUAUUUCAACAACACGGAGGCAAUCUCCAGGAAUGGCUUUCACCUAAAGGCAAGUAUGUGUUAGCAUACACAACUGAGGAGAUCUUGACAACCGAUGAUGUGAUUGUUGUGCCGAAACCCAUUACAAAGGAGCCAGAAGAGAACGUGGACUACCACAACCCUACAGUCCAUCUGACCUUCACUCAGUGUCAAAGCUCCUAUGUUGGUUUACCCGGUGUGCAUGAGGCUUCCCCUCCUUUAACUAUGAUCUAUCCAGGAGACAUGUCUUACACCCAGCUCCCUUCCUCUGUGUGGGGGGUCGGCGUUGGAGAGGUCGAAGUGGCAUCCUCUCCACCUCAAGAUGUCCUAAACAUCAGCUGUGCAGACUCUGGCUGUGAGGAUCCGACCCAGAGCCCAGAGUGCAGUUUACCAAACAGUCCUGUGGAGGACAUCCCACCACCGUGUUACUGUAAUGAUUACUGCAUUCUCAACAAAACAGCAGAAGGCUUUGCUCCUGUUUUAGUAUCCAGAUGAAGCAGCAAAUUGUUGAUUCCUUGCAAGAAGAUGAGAGUUAAAAAUACGAAAUGCUCCUGUCAGUUGGUUCAUCCAAAUGUGUCUGACUAUAAUGGCUUUAUAUUGCAUUGCAGGAAAAGAUCAUAAUCAGUCUUGAUGCUUGUGUGCCCGCAUACACACGUUUGACCUGUCCCAGAUAGCACUUUUUGUUUUGCAAGUAUGUGUGUUUUAUGGUUUGAAUUUCCUGCAUCAUAGAUGAACCAGUUGCAUUGUAUUGUUGUAUACACUCCCUCUGCUUUGGCUUACUUACAUUCGUUACACUUGACACAUUAGCAAUACUGACCGCAGAAUGUAAUGACCUGAAUGUGCGUGGUUUGAACAGCUGACUUUAAACACACACAAAAAAAAGCAAAAUGUUUUUUAUUUGCCUGUGAUUUUACUUUAUCUUCACUUAUUAAAGAAGAUAAACGAUGAGAAUAAACUACAAAUGUAUUUUGAGAGGAAAGUACUGUUUUGAAGAUGCUCAGGAUAUACAAUUUCCCAAGGAGAUCAAUACAUUUCUCAACGAGAUCAAUAAAUAAUCAUUUCAAUCAGUCUAUCAGUAUUUCUGGAGGUGCUUGUAUUGUAUCGUGUCUUUUUGAUGAUUGCUGGAGGGUGACCUUACACUUCUGAGUUAUUAUGUUGAUUGUUUGGAGCAUGUGAUGCAAGACACAUGGGAAGUUGUACCCUUAUUUUAAACAAUGAUUCAAUUAUAAUGUCAUGUAAAAAAAAAUGUAUCCAGGUUUAAACAAAUAUAUUGUAUAUGUUGAUGUGUUGGCAGCGUAUUAAACCAUGUGAGUCAUUAAG